AUGGCUCAAGAGGGUGUGUGCUGGGGUGUCGAUGGCAAGCAGUGGACCAACAACAAACAGUGCCCAGGUUCCUCAGCGUGUUGCGGUGAGGGGGCAACUUGCAUGCCAAAUCGACUCUGCAAGAACAAAGGACAAGGAGAGAAUGAAUUCGUGAGAGGUCCUUGUGCCGUUGCACCAUAUGAUAAGAAGAAAUGUGCUGCCAUUUGUCUUUAUGAGGAGAGGAACAACCGAUUCCCGCGGGUAAAACGAUGCGAGGAUGGCAGCUACUGCUGUUCAGAGGACGAUCCUGGAUGUUGCGCCGGUAAACGAGGUGUCUUCCUUGAUUCAAAAGGCAACAUUGAGGAUGACGUGACUUCUUCAACCGAAUCUUUGGUCGAGACCACCUCCUCAGUUGAGACGGUAUCACCUACAGCCACUGCUGCUUCCACGACUACAUCCUCCGAUCCAAGCCCUACGUCAGACGAUACGGAACCUACAAAUACUGGGACAACCGACAACGGUCAAGGCAUGAAGAUCGGACUUGGUGUUGGUGUCCCGGCCGCUGCCAUAGUCGCUGGGCUAUCUGUCUGGCUCUUCCUUCGCAAAAGGACAGCCAAGUAUCAAGGCCAAAGUACUUCUGCUUCGCAUCCCCCGAUGUACCAUUACCCGCAGCCAGGAGGUCCGUCAGAAAUUUCCCAGUCACACUUGUACCAACAACAAUAUCCUCAGCCAUAUGGGCACUAUCCUGAAGUCGGCGACCAAAGAACCAAGUCUCCUCCAACAGUACAAGAGCUCCAAGGCUGA